AUGAAGUUGGUAGAGGCGAUUGAGGAAGCAGAACGAUCUUCAUUCUCGCGUGAGAUAUUCCAAGCUCCUAUCCCAGCGAAAUGUGCCUUACCCGCAUUCUCCAGCAUCUUUGAUGGGACAGGUAAUUCAGUACAACACAUGAAGGCAUACAACCUGACACUAAUGCCAUGGGACCAACACCAGGCGGUACUAUGCAAGUACUUCCCGGCGAGUCUGACAGGUGAGGCUUCAUUAUGGUUCAACAAUUUGAGCGAAGGAUUUAUAACUUCUUUUGCACAAUUGCAAAGAUUAUUCCUAGGGAACUACAUAAGAAGUAAUCGCACUAAGGCAGGGAUUGAGAAUGCAUUCACCCUAAAGAAAGCGCAUGGAGAGAGUCUUCGAAGCCAGGUUACGCGAUGGAGGACCAUCUGCAGCGCGUCAGCAGGAGAAGUAUCGGAGCGACAGUUAAUCCCCGCCUUCGUCAAUGCUCUGUACCCAACUGAUCUCUUAUAUGUGGAGAUAUUCCGAGUCAGACACGAGAUCGACAUGCAAGAGUUAAGAGAAUACCAGGAGGAAUUUAUAACAUUGGAAGAAAAAAGAGAGAGAUGA